CCUGUGGAUAUAUAUAAAGCAAUAUUAAUAGUACAUGUGCUAUUAUUAACUAACAUAUUACAUGGGUUUCAUUUCACAGGUCUUCUAGCGAUACAAGAUUCUCGUUUCAGUCCAGUGAAAUACGACUUGCCAAACGAAGACCGACCAUCUCAUCCGACGUCACUUCCGGCUGGCUUCAAACUCAAAUAUGUCGACGCUUCCGGUGUAAUCCACCGAUCCAAACCUUCAGUAGAUGCUGUGGAGGUGGCUGCGAGUCCGAACGUCACAGAGCAGGGACAUUAUGACGCGGCGCUGAUAGUGAGCCGGAUGGUACGUCACAUGGCGUCAAACAUCUUCACCCGUCUGUCAACUCGUCAAAAAGUGGGCGUGUUCACACUGUCGGAAACACUGACCGUCUUCCCAGAAUACCACAGCUGGGUCGAUACCCCUGAAUGUCACAAUCGCUGUGACGGGAGUUGUCAGCACACGUGCACGUCAGACGGGCGAAAGUUCGAGUCCCUGGACGGAAUUGGCGGGAAAAGAGUCGUCGUCGCCGAGGAAAACGUCAGGUGCUCGUCACGUGACCCCUUCCGGAACCGCGGCGAAAACAUUUUGGUGCACGAGUUUGGACACGCGGUUCAUUCCGCGUUCAACUCAACCAUGCAGGCCAAGGUGUGAUAAUUCGCACUACUGCACCUCGGAAACCGAGGCCAGGAAUCACAUUCGAUCACGUGACCCACAGCUGUACGACAUGCUCAACCACGUUUACAACAACGGCGACGCCUCCUUACCGGGGGAGAUAAUCAUAUGCAUAGAAAAGUCACAAUAAAGUGUAUAAUAUAUCUAA